UUAAAACACAAACACGGAAUAUAAAAGCGGUGGUCGUGGCUCCUGUUAUUACAAGACCUGCUGUUCUGACUCUGACCAUUAAAGCACAUCCCUGUCUGGAUGCUCGGUCCACACACACACACACCUGACGGAGUGAUCCGUUUUGUCAAUACACGAUCUGCGUGCUCUCACUUAUCAGCGUGGAAACUUUAAAAUCUAUUUGUCUGACUGUAAGCUGAGGGUCCACCCCCUCCUCUAAUGCUGCCGAGCUGUGGCCAGGCUCAAACUUCUGGCUAUCGAUCACUGCACAUGUCACAGUCAGUAGGAAGUGAGCUGGAGGUCUGAGACACAUCUCUAAACACGCAGACAGUCGAUUGUUGAACCAACUUUAACGCCAUGCCUCUGCGGGUAGUCGUGCAGGGUCCCGGACCCUGGGGAUUCAGGCUGGUUGGGGGAAAGGACUUCGACCAGCCGCUGACUAUUUCCCGGGUCACCCCCGGGAGCAAAGCUGCCCAGGCCAACCUGUGCAUCGGAGACAUGAUCUUGGCCAUCGACGGAGAAACCACAGAGAGCAUGACUCACUUGGAUGCGCAGAACAAAAUCAAAGGGUGCUUAGAGGAGAUGGUGCUCUCCAUAGACAGGUCAGAAACUAAACUAUGGUCACCGCUUUCAUCUGAGGAAGGGCGGACACAUCCAUACAAGAUGAAUCUUGCAUCAGAGCCCAAGGAGGUGAAACACAUUGGCUCAACCCACAACAGGAGUGCUCUGCCGUUCACUGGUUUUGGCUCCAAAGUUGUGACUAACCAGUACAACAACCCCUCUGGUCUGUACUCCUCAGAGAACAUCAAGGACUUCAACUCAGCUGUGGACGAAGUCAAAACCAUGACUACGUCUAAUGAGCCCGACAGCAAAGCUCCAUCAGACCCAUCGCAGGCAGGCAAGCGGCCGCCUGUAGCAGCAGACUCAGAGGUUUACAAGAUGCUGCAGGAGAACCAAGAGUCUGAUGAGCCUCCUCGACAGUCGGCUUCAUUCAAAGUGCUUCAGGAAAUUCUCGAGACAGGUGACUCUGAUAAACCAUCAGGGUUCAGGAGUGUGAAAGCACCCUCAACAAAGAUUGGAUCAUCUGUGGGGAACACAGACAAAUUACCUGUCUGUGACAAAUGCGGAUCUGGGAUUGUGGGGAUGGUGGUAAAGCUGAGGGACAAGUUCCGUCACCCCGAGUGCUACACCUGCACAGAUUGCGACGUCAACCUAAAAAAUAAGGGACAUUUCUUUGUGGAGGACCAGAUGUACUGUGAGAAGCACGCACGCGAGCGAAUGACUCCUCCUGAGGGCUACGAUGUGGUCACCGUCUUCCCCAAGUAGAGCGCUCACUGGGCUCGGCCUUGGACUGCACGACCCAAUGGGACACCAUGACAUAGUCAAAGAGAUCGCAACAUUUUUACCUUACAUUAUGCUUCAGUACCGUCACUGGGAGGCAUGACAGUAAAAGAAAACACAUCUUUCAUCUCUGGAAGUGUCGAUUUGCACAUUAACUUUGGCACCUAGGAAAGGAAAAUUGCUGAAUAUUAUGAGAUGAUGGCAUUCAUUUUUUUUCUCUCCCUAAAACAUAGUUUUGCAUUUGAUUGAGAGCCACUGUGUUAAUGUAAUAUUUGUCUUUGUAAAUGUUCAUUAUUCUGAAUCAUGGAAACAACAGGAAGCCAGACUACUUUUUUACAGUUUUUAUUAAAUAAAUAAACCUACUUUUAUGCAGCAAAAAUAUCUCACAUUUGAAUAAAACCACCAAAUAAAUAUUUUAGCUUAAAC